UCGAACCCAUCGCUUCCCUCCGUCGCAUGGCAGCGGCGGUCGCCACCACCACGCUCUCCGACGCUACGCCACCUCCUUGCCUUUCUCCUCCCGACGAAUAUUCACUUCGUAUUCUUCGCCUCUGCGCUUCCGACCACCUCCCGCAUAUCCACUCCGCCCUCGCAUUACCUUCCGCUGUCCACCCCUCAGCCUUCGCCGCCCUCUUCCACGCCUGCGCCCGUCGCCGCCUCCUAUUUCUCGGCAGAUGCCUCCACCGCUGCAUGCUCUCCCUUCUCCCGUGGCCGCCCGACCUCUUCGUCGCCAACCACCUUCUCAACAUGUAUGCCAAGUGCGGCCGCCUCGACCUUGCCCGGCGCGUGUUCAAGGAAAUGCCCCGCCGCAACCUCGUCUCUUGGACCGCCCUCCUUUCCGGGUUCGCUCAGCACGGCCAUCACGAUGAUUGCUUCGGCCUCCUCGCUGGCAUGCUCCCUCACCACCUCCCCAAUGAGUUCGCCCUCGCCACCGCUCUCAGCUCCUGCGCUGGGGCAGCUCGUGGUUUCCGAGGCCGCCAGGUACACGCCCUUGCCUCUAAGAUCUACCUCGAUGCCAAUGUAUUCGUGGGCAACGCCCUGAUCACUAUGUACUCCAGCUGCUAUGGCCAGUGCGACGAUAGCUGGGCCGUCUUUCGGACGAUGCCUUUCCAGAACCUCGUCACUUGGAAUUCGAUGAUUGCAGGGUUCCGACAGAAUGGUCAGCUGGACCGGUCGCUUGAGCUUUUUGUGGAAAUGCAACGAGGUGGCCUUGGGUUCGAUCGUGCCACAUUAGUUAGUGUCAUCUCCUCGUGUUCUUGCCUUCAGCAUUGCCGGCAGUUGCACUCUCCCGUCAUUAAAACUUGUUAUGAUUAUGAGGUUGAGGUUGCAACUGCUCUCGUCAAGGCAUACUCCAUUGUGGGUGGCAGCACCGAUGACUGUUAUGGAGUAUUCGGUGGGGUUAGGGAACAUGACAUUGUGUCUUGGACGGGCAUAAUGACUUCAUUUGCCGAGCAGCUGCCUGAAGAGGCAAUUCGGCUCUUUUGCCAACUGCGCUACAAGAAUUACAGUCCUGAUAGAUACACAUUUUCUAUUGUGGUGAAGGCCUGUUCAGGCUUUGCAACAGAGCGGCACUGCUCUGCUGUCCAUUCACUAAUUGAGAAGUCUGGAUUUGGAGAUGAUUUGGUUCUUUCAAAUGCAUUAAUCCAUGCCUAUGCUCGGUGUGGUAGCAUUGUCAUGGCAGAACAUAUCUUUGAGAGAAUGGUGGUUCACGAUGUAGUGUCAUGGAACUCAAUGAUCAAGGCUUAUGCUGCUCAUGGGCGUGGGAGGAAGGCACUUGGAGUUUUUAGAUGUAUGGAUAUUCCACCUGAUUCUGCUACCUUUGUUGGGCUUCUAACUGCAUGUAGCCAUAGCGGGCUUGUAAACGAAGGCCGGGAUCUCUUCAAUUCUAUGUUGAAAGCAUAUGGGAUUGCUCCUCAGCUCGAUCAUUUUGCUUGUAUGGUCGAUAUUCUUGGACGUGCUGGGAACUUGCAAGAGGCUGAGGAUCUGAUAAAUCAAAUGGAAGUGGAACCGGACUUUGUUGUAUGGAGUGCAUUGCUUGGAGCAUGCAGGAAGCACAAGGAGGCUAGGAUUGCAGAAAAAGCAGCCCAAAGGCUGAUGGAAUUGAAGCCCAAGAAUUCAAUUGGGUAUGUGAUGAUGUCCAACAUCCAUUAUGAUAGGGGUAACCUAGAGGAUGCAUCCUUUAUUAGGAAGGAUAUGAAAGAGUGUGGAGUGAAGAAGGAACCUGGGCUUAGCUGGAUUGAGAUCGAGAAUCACAUUCAUAGGUUUUCAGUAGGUGCACGGCACCAUCCACUAAGGAAGGCAAUAUAUGCUGAGCUCAAUCGGCUAGUGGAUAGUCUUAAGGAAAUUGGUUAUGUGGUGCAUACCCGAUUAGUGCAUCAUGAGACUCAGGAGCACAAGGAAGAGCGGCUGUUGCAUCACAGUGAGAAAUUGGCCUUGGCUUUUGCACUUAUGAACACUUCUGCUAGUAAGACUAAUUUAAAGAUUAUGAAGAACUUGAGAAUCUGUGAGGAUUGCCACAAGUUCUUCAAGUUGGCAUCCAGUUAUUUGCAGAAAGAGAUUAUAGUGAGGGAUGCAAACCGUUUCCAUCAUUUUGUUGAUGGAGAGUGCUCAUGUGGUGACUAUUGGUAAUUGACAUCAUUUACCAAGCUAAGAGGUACUUGUUACAACAUCUUACGGGAGUAGAGACAAAUAAGUUUUGGCAGGAAACAGAUACACAUAGUUAUUGUCUUUCUUAUUAUAUCUUUACCAUUAAACUGUAGCAUCCUCUUGAUAAUUAGGCAACGAACAUUAGGAUUUUUUUUCUUAUACCUAACAAAUCCUACAAUAUAAAGACCAAAGCUCUGGUGGUUUGAUCAUAUAGUUUGAGCUUAUAAUGAAGUUGCUAGCCUAGGCAUAUAGCUUAAAGUAGCUGUUUGUCUUCUGUUUGAGUGUUGUUGAUAUCGGAAGCAUUGGAGGUGAUGAGCCUUCCAUGAUAUGGUGACAUUACCUUGUCUUCUUCUAGAAUUUCUGUUUUGUCACUUCAUGACUAGUUUACUUGUGAUGGUAUCUUUAUCAAUGUAGUCUUUUGUCAUGCGGUCGAGUCGUCUAAUGCUAGUUGCAAUUGAAAGAAAGUUUUAUGGUCCAUUUUAGAUAUUAUUUCCAAGUACAUGGACACUUAAAUCACUACAUGAAUUUCCUGCAUGGUGUAUGAUAUUAGUAAUUGCAUGUACUCCUGAAACCAGUUAACUGCCUUACUGAUACUAGUGGAUGUCUACUUUGAGAUAUGAAGUUGAUCUUUUAUGCUUGUUAGAUUUGCAUAUCUUUGGUGCAUAGUUCAUAGAUUUUAUUUCCUAAGCAUACUUGAAUAAGACAACGAUGACAAUUCAUGGUAUGUUCGUACCUGGAUGACUGAUGUUACUAGUGUGGUAUAUGGAGGCUGGCAUUCCAAGGGACGGGCUUCUUUGUCCUUGGUUGUUACAUAGUCAGUGACAGCUAAAUAACAGAUAAUGGCAUAGCUGAACUAGUGGUCAGUCUCUCAAUGAAGUAGCGAUGAAAUAAUCACAGCUACAAGACUUAUUUGAGGGCAGAAACAAGUUCAGCAUACAUAUGGAAGUACAUAAUGAGAAUUGCCCAUUCUGGCAACUUGAAUAUGGUUAACUUUAUGGACUAGAGUAAUUUCCACUACGUUGGGGAUGGUGCACCACAUCCAAGAACAUGCCAUAUUCAUGGGCCAGUUUCACAUUUAGAAGUUUGAUCUGCACAACAUUGGGUGAGCUCAGGGUUGGAGGUGCCAAAAAUGAUGGAGAGAAACGGCGAUGGUGAGAAAAGAGAUGUUCAGCAAGGUGGUAGCUCAUUCGAGUGGCUCAAGGAAUAGGCAUAUCGCUCGAGGAAAGGAGUUGCUUUCCCUUAAGAAAAAGCAGAGGGAUGCUGUGGCUCAAUUUUAUGUUAAUACCAAGGGGCUGAUGAAGGUUGAGAUCUUUGCUCUUCCAUUGAAAGGGAGAAGAAACAGUCCAUGGAUGAUCUAAUUUUCAACAUGACAUAAUUGCUGGCCUCCCCAACUCAGGUGCUCGAUCAUAUUCCUUCCCAUUGUUUAGUCCUUGAGGUGGAGAUGCACAAACUUUGGCAGCCUAUCAUGAGCUAAUGCCCCAGGAAUAUAUAAAUACACCAAGAAGUGCAAUUGGCUUGGCUUCGUGGAAACGUAGAAGAAGAGCCCUCCAACCACCCCUAUUAACUGUACUUGAGAGGUUGGUGACAACAGUGGGCAGCGAGACCUUCUCCCUCCCCUUGGUCGAGCCCUUCAUUCCAUCGAACAUCUUGUUCAGCGAAGCUGGUCGGUGGUGCCUGCUGCUGUAAUCCUAUCGGAGACCUCGAAACCCAAUGGUUCAAUCUUCUACAACAGAGCCAUAUUGCUCCAGGUCAAGCGAGGCCAGCGAUCACGUCGAGUGCUCCGGCAACUCAUGUCGUUCGUGCACCGCAGUCCUCGUCGCCAACUGCAUCGCGUUAGGCUGCUGCCCGUGCGCCGUCGUGAACAUGCUGACGCUGACCUUGGUGAAGGUCCCGUGGAUGGUGUCGAGGCGGUGGUGGCAGUCGCUGAGGAGAACAGGAGCUUCUCAGCGAAGAAGAGUGGCCGAUGCGGCGACCGUGGGAAGAGAAGGAACGAGCUCAGAGAUGAAGAGGAACUACAAGUGGAACGAAGAGGGUGCUGUGGGGGAAAGAAAGGGUCACAGUGGACGUGGAAGCUUACCUUCAAGUCUUGGAGCUAACGAUGGAGUUUGGGAGGAGUUGUAUCGAGUAGGGAACUGGGGGUUCGGGAGAGUAUCCUUCUCGGGCACUCAAAGAGAGUGGCAUUCAGGGAAGAACACCUCCGGUGAUGACGAGCUUGGAGAGCAGCGCUAGUGGACGCGGUUGCAGCGUGAGCUCGUUCCACCUAUAAUCUCUGUGAAAAGCUGCUCUAUCAUGUUGUGCAUACUGUAGUCUUCCUCGAAUGUUGUCGGCAUCUUGAGCUUAAAUUCUCUUUUCGUCAUAUUAUAUAUAUAUAUAUAUAUAUAUAUAAAGAUAACCUGUUUUAAUUUUUUCUAAAUAAUAUUUUACUUUUUAUAAUUCAAUUAAUAUCUUUUCCAUUCCUUUUCUGUU